UACAGAGUACUGAAUACAAUACAGAGUACAGUACAGAGUACAGAGUACAAUACAGACAUAACUGUCUCAGGAAUGCAGAGUAUAUAUACAGUGUACUGACCUACCUGCCAGCACUACACAGCUCCUCUCUAUAUCUAGUGCUCAUUAUAAAGCUCAUACACUUGUUCCUCAGCAAUAACCUGUAGAGAUCACACAGGAGGGAAGUCCUCACUGUCUCGUUCCACCAUAUAAAGUGCAAUUACCCCUGAAGUGUCACAACUUCACUGCGCCCUCUAGUGGACAGUCUUUAUAUCUCAUCUUACUUACACCAAAAUGGCCUCCAAUCCUCAAAAUAAAUGGAAAACCUCCAACAAUCCUUCUAUUAAAAAAACAUCUGAGAACAAAGACCAGAAAACUCACCAUCUACGCCGUACUGAAAUGGAACUAUUGCAAUCUGAUAAAUUGUCACAAAAACAGGGAACCUCCCAUGGUUCUCAAAAAGAACAAGGUAACAGAAUUCGGAACAAAUCACCUAAAAAAAGUGUCACACCAAGUGAUGCACUACCUCAAAGAUCUACUUACGCCAAACGGAAAGAAAGAGAUCCAGUUACACCAAAUACAACUGGCAAUAAAUCAGCUACGGCGAGCCCAGAAACACACAAAGGGAGAUGGGACGACGGAAACAACAUUUCUACUCCAUCUGAUAUGGAAGAUGACUCUGACGACCCCAUUACACAAAUUCAAGCAUCUAAAACCUCACCUGCAUCAGAAGAAUACAUGAAAGAGAUGAUGCUGUCCCUCAGAAAAUCUAUAAAAAAAGAUCUCAAUGACGCCAUCACAAAAAUCUCUGACAGAUUGGACACUUUAGAAGAAAGAGUGACGGAAAUAGAUGAGAGAAUUGAAGAAGUUGCAUUCAAUCACAACGGCCUCACUGACAAAGUCAUUUCUCUCCAAGAGGAAAUCUCUGCCAUGAAAAUCAAAAUGGCAGACAUGGAGGAUAGAGGGAGGAGAAAUAAUGUCAAAAUCAGAGGUGUACCCGAAACUGUUAAGGAUGCGGACCUGAAAAAAUAUGUCCAACACCUCAUAGCAACACUGAUUCCUACAGUGGACACCAUAGAACUGACUGUGGACAGAGCUCACAGGUUAUACAAACCAAAACAUCUACGGAAGAGAUACCACGAGACGUCAUCACCGGGAUCCAUUACUUCCAUGUCAAAGAACAACUCGCUGAAUGCAGGAAACUAAAAAAGCUACCAGAACCAUUCCAGCACCUGUCUCUAUACACCGACCUCUCCCAAUUCACUCUGCAAUCAAGAAGAAACUUACAAGCAAUCACCAGAGCUCUUCAGGAGAACAACCUACCCUACAAGUGGGGGUUCGCAACUAAAAUCCUACUGACCAGAAAUGGGAAAACCUAUUCAAUUGCUUCAGUGGAGAAAGGCAAAGAGCUCCUUCAGAAAUGGGACAUUCAAAUUGGCAAUGCUCCAAAGGAUGAUCGGCGAAGAUUCUCAAAGCUCAAUACGGAUUGGUCCCGAGUACCCGAGAGCAACCCAACAUGAGGAACUAUAUGAUUGUUACAGAACUUACCCUUUUUCCUGCACCUUCCCCAGUUGCGCAGAUAUUGAAUCUGCACUUUCCCGACAACACUACUCCUAAUUGUUGGUUAUAUUAAUUGAAAAUGUUCUGUUUGUUUUGUUGUUUACACAGAUUUCUUUGUGUUUCAGUAUGAGACGAUAUUCCUCCCUCCGAUUCACCGGGUGCAGAAGCCUCCUCCUCCCCAUGAUUAAGACCCUCCAAAGGGUUCAGGUGAAACCAUUGAUUAAUACCCCGGCAAUAUUCCGAAGAGCAGCAGCCCCUUGCACUGGCCCCAUGUGGAAUGGACAAUAUUGGAUGCCUGACUCUCUGUCUGGUCACUCCUCCUAGCGAUUUGGAGAAACCGGGACUCAUGGACUAAAUUGAACAACUUGGUCUUAGCAGAAUUCCUCUCUCGUGAAAUUGGACCCCUCCCUGGACCCAAUAAGAUCAGUGACUCUGGGGGGUGAUUGCACUGUCUACCAGGGGGAGCGUGAAUACGCUAAUGAUUCUGUAGUUGCAUAUUAGUAUGCUAUAUUUGGCUGGUGGAUAUUUCUGGAUCAGGGUGUGAUACCCUAGGUUUUAAGCGCUCCCCAGAGCCAUAUGAGACUCCCCAGAGCCAUAUGAGACUGUGAAUUCUUACUUUUGUAUGCUGUAAAUAACGGGAUUUAAAUUCUUGAGUGGGAGGGGCCUAUGGUGUAUAAAGUUGCUAAGUUGGUCCGUGAUAUCCCCGUAGUGAUACAUACACCCCACAAAUAUAAAGUGAAGAGAAAUAGUGGUUGAAAUGGCCCCUAAGGUGAACCCCAGAAGAUCAGGGGGUAGCUCGCCACAAAAAGAUAAGGGGGCUAUGGGUAAAUUGGAUAAAAUAUGGAAGUCUCCAGCUGUGGGUAUAAAAACUAGAACCCAGAAAGAUCUCUCCCCUAGUAAAACAGGCUCUAGGUACUCGGUCUUGGAGGUGGAAGAAACUGAGGAAGGGCAGUCUGUGCCCCCUAUGGGAACACAGAUGUUGGAGGAGAUCUUGGGAGGGGUGAAAAAAUCUAAUUGUGCAAUUGAGGAGAUAAAUAAACAACUGGGUGUGGUAUCUACCGAGGUAUCUCUGAUAAGACACGAUAUGACUAAAAUGAGAGAUAGGAUUUCCAGACUGGAGGAAGAAGCCCCUAAAACAGAAAAUAGGAUUAAGGUUUUGGAGGAGGAGGUUAAUGACUUGAAAAAGGAGAGGACAUCUGUUAAAGAUAAGCUCACUGACCUUGAGGAUAGAUCCAGACGUUGUAAUAUAA